AGCUCCACUACCAUGUGUAGAUGGACAGUGACACAAGGUGCACCGGUCGCCUGGUUCUCCUCCUGCCCCUGCUGCAGACCUUCACUCCUCCUCCCCCUCACCUUCCUUCUCCUGCUUCUCCUGCUCGGACCUUCCUCGUCCUCACCGCUGUCUGCUCUAUCAUCACGGUCAAACCCGGACAGAAACCACAAUGCCCCGGGAGGGACUCCUCCUCACUUCAUCCCUCACCCACCACCUCCCUCAUCACCCGCUCCUCUGCAUGCAUCAUCUGCGAGGUUGCCACGGGCAACCAAUGUAUCAUCGUCCUCUGAGACAGUUGUCGGACGCCACGUGCGGAGCAGCUACAACCAUCUACAAGGAGACGUGCGGCAGAGGAAACUGUUCUCCUACCAGAAAUUCUUCCUUCGCAUUGACAGGAAAGGGACGGUUAAUGGCACCAAAAGCGAGGACGAUCCGUACAGUAUUUUGGAGAUCAAGUCAGUUGAUGUGGGAGUGGUGGCCAUCAGGGGCCUCAGCAGUAACCACUACCUGGCAAUCAGCAAGAAGGGAUUGCUAUACGGAGCGAGGGACUUUGGUCCGGACUGUCGUCUGACUGAACGCAUUGAGGAGAACAAGUACAACACCUAUGCUUCGGCAGAGUGGCGCAACAAGAAGAAGCACAUGUUUGUGGGAUUGAACGCCAACGGAAGACCAAUGAAGGGGAGGAAGACACGGAGGAAAAACACAGCCACUCACUUCCUGCCCAUCGUGGUACAACCACGGUGAUUUGACGUGGGAGAACUCAGACUGUACGGUACUGGACUUAUCUGGAGUUAUAGUGGUGGCUUUAUUGGACAGAU